GUGUGUGUGUGUGUGUGUGUGUGUGCGCGCGCGCGCCUGGCGCCUGUCCAAGGUGAUUUCCCAUAAACCACAUGCCCCACGAGCUUAAAAGGCUGUGCCGAGGAGCUGGCCAGUGGAGCCCGGCUCGGGGAAAGUGAAAGUUUGCCUGGGCUCUCUCGGCGCCGCCGCGCGACCCUCCGCACGACCGGGACAGCAGCGCGGCUCUCGGCCGGGGCGCGGACUCUGCCGCGGCCGGCGAGCGAACGACAGAGGGCGGCCGACGCGCCCGGCCGGGACCUAGCUGCCCGGAUGACCGCGCGGGGCGCCGCCGGGCGCUGCCCUCCCACGACAUGGCUGGGCCCCUGGCUGCUGCUGGUCUGUCUCCUGGUGAGCAGCAGUAUUACUGAGGAGGUGUCGGAGCACUGUAGCCACAUGAUUGGGAAUGGGCACCUGCAGUUCCUGCAACAGCUGAUUGACAGUCAAAUGGAGACCUCGUGCCAAAUUGCCUUUGAGUUUGUAGACCAGGAGCAGCUGAAAGAUCCUGUGUGCUACCUUAAGAAGGCAUUUCUUCUGGUGCAAGACAUAAUGGAGGACACCAUGCGCUUCAAAGACAACACCCCCAAUGCCAAUAUCAUCAUGCAGCUCCAGGAACUCUCUCUGAGGCUGCAAAGCUGCUUCACCAAGGACUAUGCGGAGCAGGACAAGGCUUGUGUCCGAACUUUCUAUGAGACACCUCUUCAGUUGUUGGAGAAGAUCAAGAAUGUCUUCAAUGAAACAAAGAAUCUCCUCAAAAAGGACUGGAACGUUUUCAGCAAAAACUGCAAUGACAGCUUUGCUAAAUGCUCCAGCCAAGAUGUGGUGACCAAGCCUGAUUGCAACUGCCUGUACCCCAAAGCCACCCCUAGCGGUGACCCGGCCUCUGUCUCCCCUCAGCAGCCCCUCGCCCCCUCCGUGGCCCCUGUGGCUGGCUUGACCUGGGCUGACUCUGAGGGGACAGAGGGCAGCUCCCUCUUGCCCAGUGAGCAGCCCCUUCGCACAGUGGACGGGAGCAGUGCCAAGCAUCGACCACCCAGGAGCACCUGCCGGAGCUUUGAUUCAGCAGAGACCGCAGGCGUUGAGGGCAGUCCCAUGGGAGGUUCACCUCAGCUGCACCCCUCUGUUGGGGCCCCUGUCCAUGGGACGGAGGACAUUCUUGACUCUGUGUUGGGCACUAACUUGGCCCUAGAAGAGGCCUCCGGAGAUGCUAGUGAAGGUCCCAUACCCCAAGGGGCAGAGCUUUCCUCUUCCAGGCCGAGAGGAAGCAGCGUCCAGGCACAGACAACCAGCCCCAGCAAUCUCCUCUCAGCAUCCUCUCCACUCUUGGGAUCGGCAAUUGGCCAGCAGCCUGUGGGUGUAACUGGCAACCCCCUGCCUGUGGUGGACCCUGUGAGACCCACUGGCCAGGCCUGGAGGCACAUGUCUGAGAAGACAGACCACUCGUCUGCCCUGCCCAGAGACCGCCCGGAGCCAGGCUCGGCCAGGACCACGCCGUUGCUCCCACAAGGCCUCAGCAGUCACUCCACCCUCUCUGCUCAGCCAAGGCUUCCCAGAAGGCACCCCUGGGGCAAUGUGCUACCCCUGGGGGAGCUGGAGGGCAAGAGGAGCACCAGGGAUCGGAGGAGCCCCAAAGAACUGGAAGGAGGACCAGCAAGUGAGGGGUCGGCCAGGCCACUGGCCCGUUUUAACUCCAUUCCUUUGACUGAUGCAGGCCAUGAAAGGCAGCACUUGGGACCCUCAGUCCCUCAGCUUCCUGGGUUUGUCUUCCGCCUGCUGGUGCCCAGCAUCAUCCUGGUCCUGCUGGCUGUCGGUGGCCUCCUGUUCUACAGGCGGAGGAGACGGGGCCAUCGAGACCCUUCGACAGUAGAUUCUCUUGUGGAGCAACCAGAGGGCAGCCCCCUGACCCAGGAUGAGGACAGACAGGUGGAACUGCCAGUGUAGAGGAAUUCUAAGCUGGGUGCACAGGACAUUCUCUCCAUGUGAGGAGGCACGACGGGGCGUCCACCACCACCCCUCCCCAGCCAUUCUCCUGGGAAUGUGGCCUGCUCACCAUGGCAGCUCCUGCUUGCCAGACUGAAGCAGAGCAGCGAGGCUGGGGUCUUUCUGCCCUUGGUCCUCAGACACUGGACUGACUAGGAGAGGGCUGAAGGAUGCCCACAAGCUGCUGAUAUUUAUCAUGGGCCCUGGAGGCUCCCAUGUACUUGAGGAAGGGUGGGAAGCCUGGCUGCAAACCCUCUGCCCCUCAGGAGCUGUCUUCCUCCCACUCUGCUUCAAGCCAACACCUGGGCCAGGGACCCGAUGCUUGUGGGAUGUGGGAGAGCAGGGUGGGCGCUGAGGAACUGAAGAGCCCUUGUGCCCAGAGGACCUGCCUGGUGCCAAAGGAUCCCAGCAUCAGCAAGCAGGGACUUGUCUCCAGAGAGAAGCGUGAGAUUGGCAGGGCGGGACAGCGUCAGCUGGAUUCCUGUCAAGGUGUGCAGCCCGAAAGACGGGAAGAGGCCACUGGGCCUGCUGGUCUGCACUGACCGCCCAGAGGGGGUCUACACCCCCGACUCACCUAAGUGCCCUCUGCUGGUUGCCAGGCGGAGAAGGGAGGCCAGACCUGCCCUCAGGACCUGCCUGGCUUGGCUUGCGAUGCCAAGGAGACCAAGCCCUGGCCUUUGCUCUAUCUUCCCUCCAGCCCUGCCAGAGCUUCUCCAGGAGGCCGCGCAGAGGCUCCCCUCAUAAAGGCAGCCAUUGCACUGUGAAUACUGAGCCUGCCUGCCCCAUCCAUACCCUUGAAUGAACAUCUGUCCAUCCUCCUUCCCCUCCAGCCUCUCCCCGGCUUCCUGCACUGAGCACCCGAGCCGGUCUCACCUGUCGACUGAGGGAGCCCCUUAGCCCUGACCUUCCGUUGACCCAGCCUUUGACUCCCCAGGGUGGAUUGGGGUGGGAGAAAGCCUGGGCUACCAGCCAGAGCGGGUCUUUAGGCUGUGUUGUUCUCCCAGGUUUCUGCAUCUUGCACUUUGACAUUCCCAAGAGGGAAGUGACCAUUGGGAGGGAAGAGGGAAGGGGAGGGCAGAAGACAGGCACAGAGAGGCUGCAGGGUGAGCUCGGAUUGCAAAUGGGUCUUUGAAAUUAUGGGUGUGCCCCUGAGGUUGGGGAAGGCAUCUGCUCCCCUGACCCCCCAGCCCAGGCCCCUUCCUCAUACUAAGUCCUGCCUCAGUCACGGCUGGCAGGCACCCAGCUUGUCCCUGUGGGGAGUUCUGAGGCUGGGCUUCAGCCCCACCUGCACAGUACCCAGCACCCAUCCUCUUCUUGCCUUCUCUUCCCCAACCCCAGUAGGCACUGAUACCCUCGAGCUCUCACCUAUGCCCCCACCACCCUCUCUCUGACCAGGCAAGCCAGGAUGGGAGUGGGAGGGUCCAGACAUCUGUGUCCUUGUCUGCCUGAGGGCUCCAGCUUCUGGGCAGCCCAUGUCCACAGCUCUGAGAGCUGGGCAGCAGGUGACAGGGCUGUUGACUGCCAGGGUCCCUUUGUGCUGCUGUGUCCCUCCUCUCCUGCAGCCUGAAACCUUCCACUGAGAGAUUGAGAGAUCCUGCCCUACCUGGCCUCUGGCCUGGAGCCUGUGCCCUUCUCUUCCUACCUACAGAAGCUAAGGUCAUGGCCCCCGCCUCCUCUGCCCAGCUGCUUUCAGCAGAGGGAAGGGCAGAGGAGAGCUUCCCCUGUGGGGCUCCUUCUAGUCACAGAUCCUAUAUUUGAUGCUAGAAAAUAUGUGUUUAAAAGUGGAAGGAAAAAAGACAUUCCUCCUUGCUCUCCACCCAACAUGUAGUAUUUGAACAGUCAAGAAAGCGAAUCCAACCUAUUGCAGAAGCUCUUUGUGGGCGCCUGGUGACAUAGGAGCAGCAGGGACCCCAGAGCCACCCAUGGGUGGCUCCCCCGGCUACUUGCACAGGAAUCCCUUUUCUCUGAGAAAGCCGAGAGGGAAUAUUGGCUCACACACUGUGAGAUUUUGUUUUUUAUACUUGGAAGUGGUGAAUUAUUUUAUAUAAAGUCAUUUAAAUAUCUAUUUAAAAAAUAGGAAACUGCUUAUAUAUUUAAUAAUAAAACAAGUGCACAAGCUGC